AGGGUGGAGUUCAAUAGGAGAGAGAGAGAGAUUUAUUUCCACAGCUGACAGUACAGCUCUGGUGUUUGGAGGGGAAAGAGAGACUCAGAACUCAGAGAAAGUGGACAAAUAAAACUGACAUUAUGGACACGUUGGCUUUAGAGGCCACGCAGCCCAAAAAGGCUCAGAAUGGAGCCGGGCCAGGGGCCCCCGGGCCCCCGACUCCUGCAAAACGCAAACCUGCUAAAAAGACUAAGAAAGCUGUGGUGUUUUUUGAGGUGGAGAUUCUGGACGCCAAGACGAAGGACAAGCUCUGCUUUCUGGACAAGGUCGAGCCCAAUGCAACAAUCGGGGAAAUCAAAUCCAUGUUCCACAAGAGCCACCCUCAGUGGUAUCCGGCUCGACAGUCCAUCCGCUUGGAUCCCAAGGGCAAAUCUCUGAAGGAUGAGGACGUGCUGCAGCAUCUGCCUGUAGGAACCACUGCAACCUUCUACUUCAGAGACCUGGGGGCGCAGAUCAGCUGGGUCACGGUGUUUCUGACGGAGUACGCCGGUCCUCUGCUCAUAUAUCUGAUGUUUUACUUCCGAGUGCCCUUCAUUUAUGCACCCAAAUAUGACUUCACCACCAGCAAACACUGGGUCGUACAUUUGGCAUGUAUGUGUCACUCUUUCCACUACGUGAAGAGGCUUCUGGAAACACUGUUCGUCCAUCGCUUCUCACACGGGACUAUGCCUCUCCGCAACAUCUUUAAGAACUGUACAUACUACUGGGGCUUCGCAGCUUGGAUGGCUUAUUAUAUCAACCACCCGCUCUACACACCGCCCAUCUAUGGAGAGCAGCAGAUCAGACUGGCCCUCACUGUGUUUCUGUUCUGUCAGAUUGGAAACUUCUCCAUCCACAUCGCCUUGAGGAAUCUCCGACCACCUGGCUCUAAGACUAGAAAGAUCCCGUACCCGACUAAAAACCCCUUCACCUGGAUCUUCCUGCUGGUUUCCUGCCCCAAUUACACAUAUGAGCUGGGCUCGUGGCUGGGCUUCACCCUGAUGACGCAGUGUUUGCCGGUGGCUUUCUUCACUCUGGUGGGCUUCAUUCAGAUGACAGUGUGGGCCAAAGGAAAGCACCGCAGCUACCUGAAGGAGUUUCGAGAUUACCCCACGCUCCGCUCACCCAUCCUGCCCUUCAUCCUGUAGUAGAGAGAGCGUCCCGCAGUGUUUUAACCCCCCAUCAGCUCUCUUUUAUAGCUCUGACACACUGAUUCCCAAUAACACAGUCAGAUCCACAGGCUCCACGUCGCCACCUGUGGGUCGCAUCUACAAUAUCCACAUUAUUGUUGUACAAAUGAAACGCAUAAGGGUUUGUCUUUUUUUUGUUUUGCAUUGUACGAUUUUCAUUAGCGAUGUCAAAUUAAGGAGAUGUGUGCAGACAUGUGCAUGCAGAUUAUUCCUGCUGGUUGUAAUAAAACACUUUUUAGCUGGAUAGUGAGGUUUGCAGCAAUGCAUGCUGGGUGGAAAGUAACUAAGCAUUAAAAAUAGGUGAUAAAGUGCGUAUUCGUGCUGCUGCUUCUUGUGGCUGAUACAGGAAAAUGAAGGAAGCCGACGGUGUUGAAAGUGCUUUAUAAAUAAAUCGAGUUGUUAAAGGAAGUUUGAUUGACUUUGGUCUAUUUCUAGGCUGUUUUCAUCAUGACGUCAGUGAUUAUACAAGUUCUAUAGGCGUUAAAUAGUCUCUUUUCACCCAUCCUGUACCUUUUUUUGCUUUAUAAUAAUGAAAUGUGUCGAGAAGGUGAUUGUCAUAAAAAUAAGUCAUAAUGCAACACCUGUUUUUCUUUUGUUUUAAUCAUGUAGUCAUUUUCCCUGGAGCGCUCCUCAUGUUGUCAUUUAUCAGUAAAAGAAGCUUUAAAACUGCUCAGACAGACAUUUAGCAGUUUUCUGCGUUGUAGUUUGUCUGUUCUGUGCAUCAGUCUUGUGUGUUUUGAGUGCAUCUUUAUUUUCGAGAUCUUUCAUGCACUGAUUAAUGAUGGCUGUGAGUUCAGUAUUGAUGCUUGAUGAUUUUGUUCUCAUCAUCAUGGGGAAUCUUGUGGAAACUGCCAAGGACAUCUCAGAACAUAUCUUUUUUUUACAUAUUAAACACACACUGCAAACACACAACACAAUGCUUUCUUAGAGUUUUUGUCUUCUUUCUAGUUCAACUAUCUAAAACUUAUACCAAGAAGCAUUUUCUAGACAAGCUAAUUUAUAUAUAUGUAUAUAUUUCUGUUCUAGAAAGGCUUCUUGAUAUAAUAUUUUCUGCAGUUUUGAGGGGAAAAAACAAGCUAAAUCUGCCAAUAGGGCUAAAAAAAAUAUAUAAUAUUUUUUAACAAGUAAAAAAAAAAAGUUUUCAGUUUGAAAUACGAUUAUUUUGCUUGUUUUAUGGGAAAAUCUAAUUUAAGCACAAUUUUUUUUUUAAUUGAUCUAGAAAAUGCUUCUUGAUUUAUGAUUUUUUUUUUUAGAUAUUUAAACGUGAAUCUAAUAGAAAAAAAGUCUUCAAUUUUACAUUUCUUUUCUAUUCUAAAAUCUCUUUUCAGACCAUAAAGAUUUUCUCAUUAUAGUGCAUUUCAUAAAAUUUUUAAUUUUAAUUCAGUUGAAGUCAGAAUUAUUAGCCCCCCCUUUGGUUUUCUUUUUAAAUUUUUCCCAAAUGAUGCAAGGACCGAGCAAGGAAAUUUUCACAGUAUGUCUGAUAAUAUUUUUUCUUCUGGAGAAAGUCUUAUUUGUUUAAUUUUGGCUAGAAUAAAAGCAGAUUUAAAUUUUUUUUUAAACCAUUUUAGCUCCUUUAAGCUUUAUUUUUUCAAUAGUCUACAGAACAAACCAUCAUUAUACAAUAACGUGCCUAAUUACCCUAACCUGCCUAGUUAACUUAAUUAACCUAGUUAAGCCUUUAAAUGUCACUUUAAGCUGUAUAGAAGUGUCUUGAAGAAUAUCUAGUCAAAUAUUAUUUACUGUCAUCAUGACAAAGAGAAAAUAAAUCAGUUAUUAGAGAUGAGUUAUUAAAACUAUUAUGAUUAGAAAUGUGUUGAAGAAAAACUUUGUUAAACAGAAAUUGGAGAAAAAAAAUAAAUAAACGGGGGCUAAUAAUUCAGACUUCAACUGUAUAUCAGUAAAAUUAUAGCAUGGAAAAAAUACAUUAUGAAACUAUCCCUGCUGAUUGUAUUGAAAAUUUGUUUCUACACAGUGUAAUUGCAUUAACAAAACAAAUGUUUUACAUUGCAUCAAAAAUUUGGAUUUAAAAAAAGAAGUAAUAACGUGUCAUGACAGAUGCCACAAUUAAGAAAAACACCUUUAACAGUUUGUUUAUUCUAUGCUAAAUAAAUUCUUCAGUUAGAUUCCCCUCAAUGAAAGCAGCUUUAAAUCUGAUCAAACAUAGAUUUACAACUUUCCCUUGCGUCACAGCUUGUUUGUAUGGAUUAUGAUUGUUUUCAUCUCUGAGACCUGUUUUAUGCACUGAUGAUUAACGCUGCGAAGAUGCUCAGCUGUUUUUCCUCAUGAUGAUGAUGAUCAGUCUUCAAAACACUAAACGAAAGGACCUGAAAUAAAGCGUUUAGAGACCACUGCAAAAAAAAAAAAAUGCUUUUCUUAAAGAGUUUUAGUCUUGUUUCUAGUCUUAAUAUCUAAAUAUUCUUAAAUCAAGAAGCAACAAUUGUCUUUUAAAUAAUCUGCCAAAAUGAAGUAAGUUUUUCCUUCAAACAAGCUAAAUAAUCUCCCAAUGGGGUCAGCAAAAUAAUCUAGUUUUGUCUUUUGAUAAGAUUAUGUUGCUCACCCCAUUUGCAGAUGAUUUUGCUUGUUUUAAGGAAAAACUCACUUCAUUUUGGCAGAUUUCUUAAAUCAAGACAACUGUUGCUUCUUGAUUUAAGAAUUUUCAGAUAUUUGGACUACAAACAAGACUAAAAAUCUAAUAAAGAAAAGCAUUUGUGAUUAUUAAGUGAAGAUAAAAGUGAAACAGCACAAACUGCAGAUGUCAGAAGUGUUUGCUUGACCUAACAAUUUAUAUAAAUGAAAAAUAAACCCUCCAGAAACAC